ACCGUUUUCUUUUCUGUUAUCUUUUAGAUUUGCUGUGAAUAUCGAAGCAGUAUUUGUUUUUCGCUGACUGUGCUAACCUCUCUCUCUAACUUGUCUAACUUGCCUUUUCUAAUAUAUAUACUUCAGUUCACUGCUUUUUUUUCUUUCCCACUGCUACCUCUAUCCCUGAAUUUUCACUAUAUUAAUUGUGGUUUUUGCCUAAUAUAAAAUCGCUUCAACAUAUUAAUUGUUGUUCAGAGAAAUUAUUCACUCGUUUAUAAUUUUUCAUUCUUUUCCUUUCCUCUAUCCUCCACAUUCGUUUCUUUUCAUUUAAAAGCUCACUCUUUUAUAUCAAUUCAAUUGAUCAUAUCCUGUUGAGUGCUUUAUCAAUUUCAAGAUUUUCAACUAUAUCCUCAUUCCUGUUUAUUCUCUUUAUUCUACCAUAUCUCAAUCAAAUAUGAAAUAUUCUCUUGCUUUACUAUUGUCCGCUUUAGCUUUGCCAGCUUUUGCUCUCCCAAGUCCUCACAAAGAGUACUCUAAUAUAACUGAAACAACCACAACUGAAGAUGCUUACUGUUUAUUAGAAUAUGUAACAUACAGUGAAACCGUUGAUUGUUCUUGUGGAACAUGCACAACUGGUUGGGUCGAACACACCACUUUAGUCGAGUGUGAAGAUGCUACUGAUGUUCCAACUGACGAUUGUAUCACUUCUACUUACACAGGCGAUGACGAAGAAAUCCCAAGCGCCUCUACCUCUGCCUUCCCUGUCUCCAGCUCAGGUGCACCUUCUGAAGAUUCCAAGACUGACUAUAUUGUCUCCAGUUUCACUGAAAUUGUCACCGUUACUGAAGUCGUUGAAUGCAGCGCCAAAAAAUGUCAAACCAAACAAGUCACCAUCACUACUACUGUUCCUUGUGAAGUUGAAAGUCCAACCAGCUCGAAACCUGCUUCUUCUGUUGCCCCAACCGCAGAAUCCAGCACUGAAGUUGUUACCGUCACUGAUAUUGUUGAAUGUAACACUGGUAAAUGUCAAACCAAACAAGUCACCAUCACCAUCACUGUUCCAUGUGAAACUGAAGUUGCUCCAUCAUCAUCUCCAGUUGAUGUCUCUAGUUCUGCUGCUGUUUCCAGCUCUGCUGCUGCCGGUUCCAGCGUUUACUCUGAACUAACCGAAACUAUUGUUGAAACUAUUAUAGUUGUCACUGAAACUGAAGUCGUCAGCUGCGAUUCAGAAAAAUGCUUGACUGAAAUUGUAACUAUUACCUCUUCUAUCCCAGUCGAAGCUGAAAAGACCAGUGUCUCCAAAGUCGUUGAAUCCGAAGUUGUUAAAGUCGAAGAAUCUAUCGUCACUUACCCAUACACAUCCACUACCCCCAUUGAACACAUCAUUGAAAGCACAACUCCACCUUACAGUAACGCUACUGUUCCAAAAGACCAUGCCCACGAACAUUCUACCCUUGAAGGCAAACCAGUUUACUCAGACGCUCCACACUUUGAACACUACUACAACGAAACUGCUCCAGCUGUUGAAACCCCUCCAGUUGUCAAAGCUCCACCAACCAUCAAAACUGUACCAACUCUUGAAACUGUUCCAGUCGUUGAAACUGCACCUGCUGUUGAAACUGCACCUGUUAUCGAGUCGGCUUCUACUAUUGAAUCAGUUCCAAAAGUUUCAUCUUAUCUUCCACCACAACCCACACUUGAAGUUGCUACCGCUAAUGGUGCUGCUAUUCAAAAAGCCGCCAUCUCUUCAACCAUUUUAUGUUUCUUGGCCAAAGACUCCAAAUUAGCCAAAUUAGGUGGUGCUUUAAUCGGUGGUAUCUUAGCCAACAAGAUCGAAGACCACUUCAAAGAUCGUAAGAAAUAAGUAUCUUAGGAAAUUGCUACUUUUUUUCCUGUUACCUUUUUCUUAAUUCAUUAUCACUGAUCUAUUAUAUUUCAUAAAUCACAUUUUAUAUUUUUAUUUUUAUUUUUAUUUUUAUUUUUAUAUUCUAAAUAAGUCAAUCCUAAUAAAUUAAUCUCAACAAAUCUAAUUACUCGAUUUCAUUCA